GCCCCUGGGGAUGAAGCUGGUGAUUAGCUCAGCCCAGUUUCAGCUGCUGUGUGCACAUUGAUUGGUGGUGAGAGAGCUCCCAACCACUGUGCCCUCAUAACUAGUUCCUCAGAGACUUGUAGUGACACUCCAGGCAGGCUCAAUGAGACAGGAGCUCUCUGGAAAAUGAGUUAUACAUCCACCCUGAGGGUCCAGCUGGGGAAACCCUCCUUAAAGGGCAGCAGAGAGGGGCAACCAAAACUUUCAGAGAAUGGCUGCAAAGGUCUACAGCACAUAGACAUUUUUUGUGGGUCUGCAGAGAAAUCUAAAAGAAUGGUUUUACCUGGAGAACUGCACAUGAAAUUGGAAAAGAAUUGGGAGCGCGAUGUAGUAAAGACUGCAGAGGAUCCUGAAAAAGUGUCUGAAAUGGAUGUGACCUCAGGAAAGAUGCCCUGUAAUCUCCAAGUGGUGAAGACCUCUGACAAAUACCUGACAGUCAUGUUUGAGCUCUUCCCUCAAAAUGGAGGUGAACUCUGUGUACGAAGAGUGAAGUCUCCAGUGCCAAUCCUUACCACAGCUCCCAAUGCUACCAGACGCCUGGUUACGGAUGGACCACUCCCUUCUGUGCAAGAGGCAUCGGAACCAGAAAGCUGCCCUACUGCUACGACCACACAGACUGAGAGGGUUAAAGUCACAACUGCAAAAGUUUGGGAGAACAGAGAGCGAGAAGGAAAGAGAGCAUCUACUACAGCAAUUGAAUCCCCUCACAAGAAGAGCAUCCUCAGCACUUCUCGGUUUGCUUCCUUCAGCUCUGAGGCUGUUGAUAGUCCAUCUAAAGAACAAAUUUCUCCAAAGAGAAAACCUCACACAUCUGGGGAUAGCCUAAGGAUCCUCAAUGGAGUCUCCCAUGUAGAGGUGAAGAAAGGGGAGAAGGCAGAAUUGCGCUGUUCAAUCCAGGGAACACCCCCACUCGCAGCUUCAUGGGUGCGGAACAAGAAACCGGUUGUUGAUGGCCCUCGAAUUUCUGUCCGGACAUCGGAGACUGAGAGCUGCCUGCUGAUUCGACAAUUGUGCGAGGAAGACGGCGGUAGCUACAACCUGUGCGUGCAAGACCAGACCGGGAGCGUACAGCAUCAAAUUAGCCUCGCCAUUGUGGAUCGCCCAUCUCCACCUUCAGGGAAGCCCCUUAUAUCAGCCUUGCAGCAAUCCUCUCUCACCCUCUCCUGGUCAGGACCAUGUUAUGAUGGUGGUAGUGCUGUUCUGAGAUACAGUAUAGAAGUAAAGAAGGUUGGGCAAGAUCAUUGGAGGUUACUGACAGACACCUGUACUAGCACUUCUUACCAUGUGAAGGAAGGACUGGUGCCAGGAGAACAAUAUCAGUUUCAAGUGAGAGCUGCCAAUGUGUAUGGAGUAAGUGAAGCCGGAGAGGAGUCUCACAUUGUUACCAUGGAUUCGGCUGGAGAUGAAGACCCUGAGUAUGAGGAACCAGUUGAAUACAGAGAAGUCUUCAUGAACACCACUGAUCGAGUGGAUGACCUUUAUGUUAAAUUGGAAAAGCUAGGAAUGGGGAAAUUUGGCCAAGUCUACAAGCUACAGGAAAAAGCCAGUGGAAACAUCCGGGCAGGGAAGUUCUCUAAGGCACGUUUACAGAAAGACAUAGCAAACGCUCGAGCAGAAGUUGAGUUGAUGAACAAACUACAUCACCCCCGUCUGGUGCAUUGUGUAGCGGCUUUCCAGGAACCUGGAUCGGUGAUCCUGGUGCUUGAGUAUAUUGCAGGUGGCGAGUUGUUUGAGAGGAUUGUAGCGGAUGAUUUUGAGCACACGGAGAUAACAAGUAUUGAAUACAUGUCACAGAUUCUUAGUGGGGUGGGAUACAUGCACCAACAGAGCAUUGUCCAUCUGGACCUUAAACCUGAGAACAUUGUCUGCGUCAGCAAAAUAAACACAAAAGUCAAAAUCAUUGACUUUGGUCUGGCCAGGAAACUAGAACCUGGAGUGCCAACGAAAGUGUUGCAAGGGACAGCAGAGUUUGUGGCACCUGAAGUUAUCGCAUAUGAACCAGUUGGGUUUACCACUGACAUGUGGAGCCUUGGAGUUAUAUGCUACAUCCUGUUGAGUGGAGACUCUCCUUUCCAAGGUGACAAUGACACAGAGACACUGCAGAACAUUACCUCUGGGACCUGGGAAUUUGACGAAGAAACAGAUGCUGUAUUAUCUGACUCGGCUAAAGACUUCAUCCGGCGGCUGCUGCAGAAGAACAUGAAGUCUCGUCUUACUGCUAAACAAGCCAUUGGUCACCCCUGGAUCAAGGAUAAAGCUAUUACCAGCCCAAAGACCCUAUCAAAAGAAAAGAUGAAAAAGUUUUUGGCCCGGCAAAAAUGGCAGAAAACUGGCAAAGCUGUCCUGGCUCUGAAGAGGAUGGCAAUGCUUAGUCACAGGUCAGAUUCUAACUCUUCACCAACCACGAACGAUGACUCUGAAAGUAGGAAGGUGUUCAGCUUCUUGCAGGAACAGCUCCAGAAGCCUCCUGUCUUCUCCUCCCUUUUAAAGGACCAAUCUGAGGUUGCAGGAAGUUCUGCUCGUUUCCAUUGUCACAUUGAGGGUUUCCCAGACCCUGAAGUCUUAUGGUUUUUCUCUGGUUCCCCAAUUCAAGAGUCCAAGCACUUAGAGAUUGAGUAUGAAGAUUCAGGCAGCUGCACCCUUAUUAUAUCUGAUGUUUCGCCCAAUGAUGCUGGGGUAUAUACAUGUCGGGCUUCAAAUUCCCAUGGACAAGCAGAAACAUCAGCCAAACUGAACAUCCACUGUCUGCGGGCAGAGCGUUCAACAAGGGAUGGGACUGUAAAGACUGCCUAAUCUGUUGGGAGAUGCACUAUCUAGCUCCUGUCAUGGGAACACUCGGCACCUUCAUAAAAAAGGUCUUGCCACUAGGACAUUGACUCCAAUAUGUAAUUGGAAAAACCUAUGUAAAGUCGUAGGUAUGCUUGUAUAUAAUGUGUUAAUUUACAGUAAGUGUGUCAAGACAUUGCAAUUACUGCAUACUCAUUCUAUAAUAUUAUAUGCUGACUUUUGCUGUACAAUAUCUCUAAAUUUAUGUUCUGUAUAUGUAGGCGUCUUCUGUGAGGCUGCAUUCAAACCAAGGAUAUUCACAUCCAAAUGCUGUCUGAGUUUAUAAUGGGCAGGUCCUGAACUGGACAUUGACCCAUUAAAGUCGAUGAGUAAAUUCAUAUGAGCCAUUUUCCAUUCAAACCAAUGGACUGUACUGAGAAAAUCGCAGCAUAAGCCAUCCAUCCUUGAGUUUCAUGCAAGACUAAUUCACUCACGUGCAUGGGUCUUUAAGGGAAAAAAAGACCGCACACAGAUUUUUUUUCAUGUGGGGUCCAUUUAAAAACGUGUUUGUGUUCACUGUUCGGAACCAAACAGGUUUAACAUUGUUCAUCUGAAUUCACCCUAAUACAUAGAACUUCUUUUCUCGUCAUACUUCUCUAUGUAUAGAAGUAGGCAGGACAAAAUAGAAAACUGGACCUAGAAUCUACUGCGUGUUUGACUGGGUUCUCUUCAAGGGUCACUGAGUUAUAGAGACAUAUCAAAUGUUUUGUUCAUGGGGUUAUGAAUGCUGUGACCUCCAACAAUCCCUAGAACAAAGUCAAGAGCCCAUCUCAAUUCCAUCUCCUGCAGCAAGGAGAGGCGAGCUAGGCAAGUGCUUCUCUCGCUUAAUUCUAGCGAUCGAUGGGGGUAUCUGCUCUCAGAACCCCACGAUCAAAACUUUUGAUAUAUCAUCUGACAUAUCAAAAGCUUUCUGAAAAUGUAAUUAUUAUAUAUAUUUUUUAUAUUUGUUCUACUCUUGACCAUUUGUGGUCAGGUAUAUCAGCUAAGCACUAUUUGCUUGAAUGGGAAAGGGUGCAAAUGCAAUAUCAGACAAAGCCCAUGGGCAAAACUGGUGCGGUUUUAUUUCAAUUUUUGGGUGGGGUGCAGACCCUGUAUAGUACCUCCAGACAAGCAGUUUAAAUGUAUUUAAUGCGACUAUUGAUGUAGGCUAUCAUGGAGGAAUGGUGUAACUUGGCAGCAAAGAAGGUCAAACCGGUAUGGCACCAGUCAAUCCAGCAUAGGCCUGCUAGAUUGGUUGCUAGAGAUGCACUGCCUAAGACUGGACUGUGAGGCUUUUUCGCUCAACCACAUUUACGUUGUGUUUUGUAGCUCAUUUGCAGUAAAAAAAAAAAAAAGUGCCAAAUGUUGUGUCCUCUCUGUUUAUCCUUUUUGUAUUUUGUAUAACGGAAUUGUAUGUGACUAUUAUUGUAUGAAGCUUACUAUUAUUAUUAGAGAUGUCUCUUGUCCGGAUUAUCUGUAAAGCUAUUUCUAGUAUGGAUAUACGCAAGUCAAUUUAAAGUUUGUUAAGCGAUAAACAUUAAGGUAAUGCUAUAGAAAUAAUGUUUGUUCAGUCAAACUUAACCCCUGAAAUGUUUCUGACAACUUUUUGUGACCAAUGAAAACAAACUGAUUCAAAUAUAUGUAAUGCCAUGGAGAGAUUGCCCUCUAGCGGUAAGGUCCCACAAAAUGCAGUGCAAUCUGCAGGCAUCAUGUUAUAGAGCAGGAGAUGCUGAGCAAAUUGAUAUAUAGAUAUGUGGGGAAAGAUUCAGUAAAACUUGGAAUUUAUACAUUUAAAUCUCUAUUUCUGAGCUCAGUUGUACAUGGGGGCCACCUUAUCAGUGAUUUGAUGGCAUUCUGUGUGUAUACAGAAAUAGCUGUCAGUCACAUGGGGUUACCUUAUCAAUGAUUUAUAACAUUUUCUGUGUGUGUAUACAUAGCUGUCAUUCACUGAAAACACCUCCCCAUAGAAAUAUAAAUGUGUAAAUUACAAGUUUUACUGAAUCUUUUCCCACAAAACUAUACAUCAAUAUGCUCCGCUCUUCCCCCUCUAUAACAUGCUGCUUGCAGAUUGCAUUGCAUUUUGUGGUGAAAUUUUUUUCAAAACAGGGAAGACUGUUCCAGUUGGAACUGAUGAUGCUAACUAGACUGUCUAUUUACCAGACAUAUUGGAUGGCCAGGAGAGGGAGGCUCUGACAAUCACAUUGGUAUUGCUGUGAGCCACACUGAUUGAC